AUGUUGAAAGUAUAUAAUUUAACCAUUAAAGUAAAUAAAAAAUGUGAAUUUCAUUUUGUUAAAAAUUUCUCAAUAAAAAAAGAGGAUACAUUAAAGGCUAUAAAAAUAAAUAAGGAAAUUUUAAAAAGUAACAAUGUUCUUGAAAUAAUAAAAAUAAUAAAAGAAAAUGAAAGAAAAACAAAUAUAAUUAAUCAUGUAACAUUUUUUCAUAGAUUAAUGCAAAUAAUAAAUAAAAACAGUAAAAUAUACUUACAAAAUAAAAAAUAUAUUGAUGCAGAAAUAGAAGAAAAAAUUAAAGUAUUUUUUAAAUAUUUAAAUAAUAAUAAAGAAUUAGAGAAAAUAAAUAACUAUAACAAACGUUUGUUUUCUUCUUUUAUAUGGUCUUUUAGUAAAUAUUUUUGCCUUUUAAAUGAAAAUAGGAAUUUAGAUAUACAUAGUAACUUAGACAAUUGCAAAAAUGAAAUCGAAAAUACAAAUAUUUUCCAAAAUAACCGAGAAAACAAAAAUAUAUGUAAAGGUAAUUAUAAUAGAUGCUAUAAAAAUAUAUGUGAAUAUAAUUCAUUUCUGAGGUAUUGUAAUAAAUGCAAUAAAAGUAAAUACAUUUCCAAUAAAUGUGUAUGUUGUAAAAAUUACAUAGAAAUAUAUAAAAAAAAACAAAAUACAUUUCUUAAAACGAAAUAUAAUGAAUUCAACAUAAAUAAAAAUUAUAUAUGUAAUAUUUCUGAUAUUAAUUUAUUGUAUCGAUAUGCAAAUAUAUAUUUAUCAUUUUUAAAUCCAUCUCGUUAUGUUAUAGUUAUUUGGUCAUUAAGUAAACUAAAUAAAGAUAAUAAGGAAACACAUGAAAAUUAUUGGAAAAGAAGCUUAAGUCUUAUUGCUUUAUUAAAAAAAGAAGAAGUUAUAAUUUUAUUACACUCCUAUUCUUAUGUUAACUUUUCAAAUUUCUACUUUUAUAUUAAAAUAAAAGAUUUUAUUAUAGAAAAAAAAAUACAUAUAAGAUUAAUUAAUGAAAAAAAUUAUGAAUCUAUAAUAAAUAUGUUGUUAGCAUAUUCUAAUCAAAAUAUUUUUUUUUCUGAUUUAUUCGAAAGUACAAUAAAUUAUAUUCUGAAAACAAAAAAUUUUUUUAAUUCAUUAAAAAAUAAAGAACUCUUAACAAUUUUAUUUUGUAUAUGCAAAUGUCCAUUUUUAUAUAUACAUAAUGAAAAUAAGUUUAAUAUGCUUAAAAAAAGUGCAUUCAGAAAAAAUAUCCUUUUAUAUGAAUUAUUAAAAAAAAAAAUCAUGAAAAGGUGUAAUAAACAUAAUUUUGUAGAAAAUGUCUCAAUUUACAAAAGCAUUUCUUCUGUUAAUAAAGAAACAACUGAAAUAAAAACUAGUAAUAUUUUCACUUUGGAAAAUUUGAUUAUAACUAUUUGGUCUUUAAGUCUUAAAUAUAUUUAUUCAGCAAAAUUGCUUUUAUAUAGUUUCAUUAAGAUGAAUAAUUUAAUAAAAAAUGAAAGUUUCAUUUAUAAUUAUUAUCAUAUAUUAACUAAUUUUUAUUUAUCUUUUUUAUCAUUUGUGCUAGAUGGUGAAACUCAGAUUAAUUUGUAUUUUAAUAGGGAAGAAAAAAAUUCUUUAAAUAUCUUAAAUGAAAAUAUGAACAUUUUUAUGAGGAAUUUUGAUAUAUUAAAAAAGUCGAUAAACAUGAGCCAACGAAAAAAUAACAUUGAAAUUUCUAAUAUGCAAAAAGAUAUUUUUUUUUUAGUAAAAAAUUUGGACUGGUCUAAAAAUGUAAUAACGAUAUUAGAACAUAAAAAUCCUUUGCAAAUAUCUAUAGAUAUUUUGUUAUUUAAAAAAAUAUAUUUCAAAAAUGAUUUCAAUAACGUUGAAAAAUUUGAGAUACAAAAAAUUAUAAAUAAUAAGAGAGAUAAAGAAUACAAAUGCAUGGAUAAUUUUGAAAACCCUAAUAUUAGUAAGAACAAAAGUAAUAGCAGUUGCAAUAUUGACUUUAGGAAAAAUAAGAAUAUAAAUAGCAUUCCUUUUUUUUUUUUUUUAAAUAUUAAAAAUUAUUUCUCAAUAGGUUUCCAUAAAAAAACCAAUAAGAAUGGGGAAACCUCUGAAAACUUACAUAAACAAGACAUUAUUGCAUAUUCACCAAAGAAAACAUAUUUAUGUAUGGAUGAUAAUAAGGAUAAUGAUAUAAUAAUUAAUCUAUAUAAGUAUAUUGAAAGAAUGAAAAAUUUUAAUUUGAAAAAUACUUCCAAUGAAUUAAAAGAAAUAUAUAAAGAUUUGAUCUCUUUUUUCAAUAUCUAUUUUAAAUAUAUUAGCAAAAAUGAUGUAAUAAGCUUUUUUUAUAAAUUUUCGUCUUUCUUUACAUUAUUUUAUAAUAUAAAAUAUGAUAUAAAUUUAAAUGAAUUAUUUAAAAUUUUUUCUUUUUAUCAUAAUUUUACUUUUUCCAAUUUUAAGAAAAAGGAGAAAAUUGUAUAUUUAUUUAUUGAUACAGCAUGGACAUAUUUCAGAUAUAUGAAGUAUAUAAUGUUUAUAUCAAAAGAAAUAAAUACUAAUAAAAUAUUAUUGAAAGAAUUAGGUGGGACUAAAUUAUAUUUAUAUGAGGAAUUAAAUAUAGUAAUGAAAGUGUUUAAUAUAAUAAAAAAAAAAAUAAUAGAAGAAAAUAUAAUAAAUGAAAUAUCCUCAAAAAAUAUGACUUUAUUAAUUUCAAUUUUUUUAUAUGUUAAAAACUCCGAUGAUAUAAUAAACUAUUUAAAAAGAAACAACUUUAAUAAUAUCGUAUUUUCUAUAAAAGAUAUUAUAUACAUAUUAAGUGCUUUAUCUAAAUGUGAAAACACAUUUGAUAUUGAGAAUUCUUUUUGUAAGAAAUUUAUUGAAAAUAUAGAAAAAUGCGGGGUAAAGGAUCUUGUAGAAUUUACUUAUUUAUGUGCAGAACUAAAAAUUAAUAAUAAAUUUAUAAGUAAUAGUAUAGUUAAUAAAAUUAAUUCUGAUGUUUACCUUAAAAUAGAAAUAGAAGAAAAGGAUUCUAAACAAAAUAUGAAAAGUAACCAUUUGGAUAAAAUAAUAGAUAAAUCUUCUAACUAUUGUACUCUCAAAUUUAUUUAUACUUUUCAACAGGAGCAGUUAGCCUUUUUUAUUAGAAAUUGUUAUAGAAUGCACUGUUUUGAUGUGAGAUUUUUUGAUUUAUUAUGUGAUAUAACGUUAAAAAAAUAUAAGGAGUUCAAUAUAGAAUGCUUAUGCAUUGUUUUACCAUGUUUUGCUCGUAUAUAUUGUCUUCAUAAAUCUGAAGACAGUUAUUUUGCAGAGAAAAAUGGAAAGAAAAAAAUGAAAAGAAAAAUAAAAGUCAAAAAUGAAUAUAAUGAUUUUUUAGAAAAAAAAAUAACCAAUUGCAAGUAUAAUGUACCACAAUCAUUAAAAAAAUUAAUAAAAUAUUCAGAAAAAAAAAUUAUAUCGAAUAAAAAUAUAAACUUUUAUAAUUUAUGUUAUUAUAUGGAAACUAUUACAUUACUGAAAAUUGAAAAUAAGAAAUUGUACAAUUUAUCUAUAGAAGAAACAUUAAAAAAAAUUCAAAAUUCUUCAUAUAAUGAAAAAGAAGUGAAGUUGCUUGGAAAAAUUUUAUGGUGUUUAUCUUAUUAUCAUAAAACAGAGUUUUUAUUUUCAAUUAAAAUAAUUAAUUUUAUUUUAGAAAAUAAGAUAUAUGAGAUUAUAAUACCUGAAAAUUUCAUAUCUAUUUUCUCUUAUUUUAUAAAAUCAAGGGUAUAUAAUAAAAAACUAUUUCAUAGUAUGGGUGAAACUAUUUUACUAAACAUUUCUUUAAAUGACUAUUUUUCGCUAGGUAAAAAGAAAAAGAAAUUUUUUAAGUUAAAUGUAAUUACUGAAUUAUAUGCUACAAUGUCUUGGGCAUAUGCUUUUACCUUUUAUGAUAAUAUGAACAUAACAAAGAAAGAAAAAGAAGAAAACAAAGCAAAUAUCAGUAAUGAUAUCAUUGAAAAUGAUUUAAAGUUUAUUGAAAGAAUCUACAUUCACAUUUUUAAUGAAAUAAAAAUUUUACAAAAUUUUCAAAAUAUUUCAUUUUUAUUAUUAGCUAGAUUUUUCUGGGGAAUUUCUAUUGUAAAUUUAAUAAAUCAAAAUUUUUUAAAUUUUUUAAAUGAAUAUAAAUGGAACGAUAUAAAAAUUGUUGAGCAAAAUGAUAUGCAUUUGCAUAUGAUAUUUAUAUUAUGGUUAAGAAUAAAAUAUGGUUAUCCAAAUUUGGAAAUUUCCAAGAAUUUUCUUCAAUUUAAAGAUAAAAUUAUCCUUCUUUUUGAAAAAAAAAAAAUUUCAAAAACAAAUACUAUUAAAAAUAAUAAUAUAUCUAAGUUUCAUCAACAGGUAUCUCAAAUCCUAGAUAGAUUCAAUGUAAAAUAUGAGAAUGAACACAUAACAGAAGAUUUUUUAUCUAUUGAUAUAAUAAUAAAAAAUGAAAACUUUCAAGAUAAAAUAGCUAUUGAGGUAGAUGGUCCAUCUCAUCAUUUAUUGCUUUUGGAUGAAAUUAGUAAUAGCAACUUACAGAAUAUAAAAAAGGAGUAUAUUAUAUGUGGAACCACUUAUUUUAAAAGUUGGUUAUUGCAGAAAAGUGGUUGGAUUGUUAUUCACAUCCCUUCGUAUAAAUGGAAUAAACUAAAUAACGAAGAUAAAAAUAAUUAUAUAAUUCGAAAAUUAUCAAGUUCUAGUAAAUAUAUGAAGGAUCAUUUUGAGAAAUAUACAUGA